GCGCCUCCCUCCUGCCGGCGGGGAAUGAAGUCCUGCAAGCCCUGCAAUACGGCGGCGGGAGCGCGUGCCGCGCCCCCUUGCGCGGGUGGUGCCCAGUGCGCGGGCACGUGCGCGGGGGCCGGGCGGCUGGAGAGCGCGGCGCGCAGGCGCCUAGCUGCAAACGCGCGCGAGCGCCGCCGCAUGCAGGGGCUCAAUACGGCCUUCGACCGCUUGCGCAGGGUGGUACCCCAGUGGGGCCAGGAUAAAAAGCUGUCCAAGUACGAGACCCUGCAGAUGGCGCUGAGCUACAUCAUGGCUCUGACCCGCAUUCUGGCCGAGGCUGAGCGCUUCGGCUCGGAGCGGGACUGGGUCAAUCUCCACUGUGAGCACUUCGGCCGAGACCACUACCUUCCGUUUGCGGGCGCGAAGCUGCCGGCAGAGACCGAGCCCUACGGCCAAAGGCUCUUCGGCUUCCAGCCUGAGCCCUUCCGGAUGGCCAGUUAGGUCGUGCGGCCCGGCCGGAAUGAGACGCCCAGUGAUCCGCGCUGUGGAGCCGUAGCCUUCCCCACUCGGUGGCAUAGGAUGGACACAUUCUUAGAAUAAAAUUGGGAAAUUUCCGGGUUACUUUUCGCAUCUCUAGUCCUAGGGACGCAAUGCUUUUAUUGCUUUUCUCUUUUCCUUCUUAUUAUGUUGUAGAUUUCAUUAAUGCAUCUUGGAAUAGCUUUGCUGAAAAUAAUGCUCCCUCCCCCCUUUCUGGGCGACUUUGAGGGAAAACAAUGUAAGAAAAAAUAGAAUUGGGUUAUAUUGCAGGUUUAGUCCUCACUUCCUUAAACUUAGUAAGUUUGUCCUGUU